AACUCUGGCCAAGCCAGUCAGUCAUCGUAUUUUGAACUUGCCGGAGUUGAAGAGUUGUGAAAACUUUUUCACUGCACCCACCAAAGUGUGUUGGCCGUACAACAACAUUAAAUUAACAUUGCAUUAAAACUAGUCAAAAACAGUAGCAAAAUGGGUAACUUUGAUAUGGACGAGUUUAAUGAAAUAUUGGAAAAGUGUCGGGAUCAAUCACUGCAAAAGGAACAGGAUGCGAUUCUCCUAGAACCGUUUAGUUACAUCCAGCAGAUACCUGGUAAACAAUUCCGGUCCAAAAUGGCCCUCGCCUUCAACCAUUGGCUUAACAUUCCUGCCGAAAAGCUGGCGGCGAUUGGUGAAGUGGUUCAAAUGAUGCACAACUCUAGCUUGCUAAUUGAUGAUAUCGAAGAUAACUCAAUUCUUCGUAGAGGGAUUCCUGUAGCCCAUAAGAUCUACGGUAUCGCGAGUACGAUCAACGCCGGCAAUUAUGUGCUGGUAUUGGCACUCGCAAAGGUGCACGCAUUAGGUCAUCAAGAGGCACAAGAAGUGGUGACAGAACAGCUGCUGGAACUGCACCGUGGCCAAGGGAUGGAAAUAUAUUGGAGGGAUAAUUUCAUCUGCCCAACCGAGGCAGAAUAUAAGCAGAUGGUGAUACGAAAGACCGGUGGCCUGUUCAUGUUGGCCAUUAGGCUUAUGCAGUUAUUUAGCGACAACCAGCAAGACUUCACCAAACUUACGGCUAUCUUGGGACUGUCGUUCCAGAUACGAGACGAUUACUGUAAUUUAACUUCUAAGUCCUAUUCUGAUAACAAAAGCUACUGUGAGGAUCUGACAGAGGGAAAGUUUAGUUUUCCGGUGAUACAUGCUGUGAGGAACCAGAAAGAUCGACAGGUGUUGCAUAUUUUGAGACAAAGGACUCAAGAUGUGGAGGUCAAACGUUACUGUGUUGCUUUACUUGAAAAACUUGGUUGUUUCAAAUAUACCGAAGAAGUUCUCGAGUCACUUGACAAGGAGGCUAGAGUUGAGAUCGAACGUCUAGGAUCUAACCCAAUCAUGCUAGCCUUGCUGGACGAGUUGCUGAAUUGGAAAGCUGACGACGCGUGCAAGGAGAAAUGAACAUCACUUUUAAUGUAUUAAAGUUUUUCGGUUUCCCACAGUUUUGAUUUGCCCGAGAGCGCGGACUCUAAUCUCCUUCGAUGUAGGCAACAACGAUGUAUUAUAUAUUUUUAUAAUUAGUUCGAAACUGAAUUAGUCAAAAAUAGUCGCUGGAAAAAUGAUUUAGCAUUUAAUGACAAAAGCAGAAGAAAAUACGAAUGGUUUCCUUAGGAAUAUAUUUUGUAAAUUGUUAUAAAAGCAACUUUUGUCCAUAUUUUUUGAAAGACACAUUUAAAACCAAAGUAAGGUACAGCAACAACUAAUUAGGGCUACCAACUACCACGAAAACAGGCUAUAAUGGUAGCACCGAUUUGAUAGGUCUAUUUUUUGGUGUGACAGUACAAUUGUAAACUGUUUUGUUUGUAUCAAAAGUACGCAAACUUGCUUAAUCUAAGAAAAGAUUGCACCACCUAUGAGAUGCAAUCUCAACGCACUGAUCGUAGAAGAGCGAAGCUCAAAGCAUCGGCAAAGAGGGUUCAAACAAGCUGUAAAGUGGAAAAUGAAUGUUUUUGUGCACACUAUGUAGGUUCUGCUUAUGAGCGGGAAAAUAUACACUUGAAAAACAUGAAA